AUGGAUCCUCGUCACCGCGGGCUCUACGUCCAAUGGUGUCAGAGUCCUCGGGUUGUACUGUUGGUCGGCCAAGAUGUUGGCCUACCUGAGCGAUUCAUCAUCCCUGAGGAGCUUCUGCGACGUCGCUCGCGGACACUCAGGGAGCCAAUCGCCAGCCUCCCGCCGUAUUUUCCCACGAGGGAAAUUGCGCUCCCGGAGAUCGCUCCUCAGACCAUGGAAGAGUUCUUCAUUUGGAACCUCACCCCAACUCCUCAAAUCGAUGAUCGACUGAGUUUCAUGGAAGUUGUCCAACUCGGAGUGUUCGCCUGGAAGUAUCAGGUCUCCGCCCUGAGCAACCAGGUGACCGACGUGAUCCGCCACAAUCUCGCAAACAAUGACUGGAGAUUGGAACCUGCUAUAGUGGACGCCAUUUACCAAGCGGCGCCCGAGAGCAGUCCGCUCCGAGAAGUGGUCAAGGCAGCAUUGGGGCAGAUGCCGAGAUCUAGUAUCGAUGGCGAGGAAUGGGAGAGGACCUGGAAGCGCAAUCCAGACUUUGGCUGGGAUUAUCACAUAUCAUCUGGCAAUGACUGGACCGCCAAGGACUAUCUGACCGGGCCUUGUCGUUUCCAUAACCAUGACGAAGUCAAACGUCGGCAGAGCCUGUGUGAUGGAUGUUCCUAUGCCCAAGAAGAUUGCUAUCCCUAUUGGGAAGAGGACGAGGAACCAGAGCAGAUCCGGGAGGUCAGAGACACGACCGAAGAGACGCCACCAGUGGCAGAUCAGGUUCCGGAGGACAAUUUACCCGAGCUCACUGCGACGGAACCAGCAGUUGCAGAAGUGAAUGGAUUCGAGGCCUCGGUCUUUGAGGAUGCGCCGGAACAUGCACCCGAAGAGACAACUGACCUCGAUACCACUGUUCAGAUGAACCAAGUGACCGACAACAGUGUUCCAGAGGACGUGAUUGAGGUUGUUGAAGGUAUGCAAACACCGCAAGCAGACACCGACAGACUCCGGAACCCCUUUUCUCCUGACGAAGGUCCAUGUGAGCCAUCGUAUGCCGACACAUUCAACGAUGAAGGGGCUGUGGGGGAAAAUGGCAUCGUGACCAUCACUCUGGAAGAGAAAGGUGUUGACGCUGUGCAUGUGGAGGCAGUGAAUGAGCACGAGGCCCCUGUGAGCGGAAACAAGAAGAAGAGGAAGAAGAACAAGAAGGGGUCGGGCUUCAACAACGGCACCGUCGACCCCGGUGAAGUAGUGGUUGAGCCCUGA